AUGAAACUUGGCCUUGCUGCUACUGCACAGUUUGAAGACAAAAAUGCAAGAGAAGGCAUAGAACAGGAUAGACCUAUUCUCCCUCCCUCCCACCAAUACUGGGCAAGUAGCAAAGAUAGCCCUCAGGCUGAUACCAAGGAUAGUAUUGGUACUAUUAGAGAGACACCAGCACCUUUCCCCUUUCAAUGGCGCCUGUUCCGCCUGUCCUGUCAUAAGAGUAGCUUGAAAAUUGUCACAGACAGCAAGGAUGAAAGGACAUCUGUAGGCAGGAAUGGCAGUGACAAUGAGGAAGGUGAAAACAACUUGGAACCUAUUGAUCUGAUGGAUAUCUUUUCUGAACCAGAUAAAGGUCAAGCUGAAGCUGUUGAAGGAGUUGAAGAUGAUAGUUUGGAGCGAGUGUUGAAAACAAUGUCAUGCACCAAAAUUGAUUGGUAG